AUGCACAGCUUCGAGAACGGCCAGAAGGCGUACUACAAGAAGGACAACUGGGAGCAGCUGUUCAAGUUCUUCAAGAAGCAGCGGCUCCCCAUCCACAGGCCGGACUUCGAGGCGGUGAUCGAGGCGGAGGCGGGCGCCGCCGUGGCGCUGGUGGGGAAGAUCUACACCAUGCUGACUAGCAGAACGGUCACCGUCUUCAUGCCGCAGGAGUUCCCGCCGGAAGGCCGCGCCACGACAGGCGCGCCGAAGGCCGUCGUCGCGCCCGUGGAGGCCGACGUGCUAGGCUCCGGCGCCCCCGCGGAGGCCCCGCCCACGAUGCUGUCCCAGAUCGACGAGCUGCCGCGGUCCCGGGCCACGGGCGAGGACACGUACCAGCACUUCCAGGCCGCGAGGGCGAACCGCCAGAUCGAGAGGACCGCGCACCAGACGGUGGGGGAGAAGCCCGAGGCUGUCAGCCUCACCAUCCCGGAGGUGCAGCACCGGCAGGUCACCAGGAGCGUGGCGCAGAUGCGCGCGCAGCAGCAGAGCCAGAUGGAGAUAGCCCAGGCGAGCCGAGCGAACACCUCCAAGAGCGGGCGCAAGUCCUCCGCGGGCUCCGAGGUGGGUGGCCCGACGACGCCCGGGCUCGGGCUGGUGGGCAGCGCCAAGCCCCUCGCGGAGGUGCUCCGGCCGAUGGUGGCGGGCGUGCUGCGGGAGAACGCGCAGGUCAUGAAGUCGCUGGACCCUCGAAAGGACGUGGCCGUCUCGUUCAUGGAGCUUGGCAGGGACCACGUACCGGAGGACCUCAGCGUGCGAGUGUUCCGUGACAUCGCGAGCCAGGCCAGCGUGGGCGGACAGCUGAAGUCGCCGGCAGAGUUCUGGCGGUUCUGGACUCUCUUCUGUCCCGCGCUCGCGGACUUCAGCGACGGCAGCCGCGUGUUCAACGGCGUCGUGGAGCUCUUCAAGGCCGUGGGCACCAUCAUGGCAGAGAAAGACGCCGUGCUGACGCAGCAGCUGCUGAUCGACGUGGCGCUGCCCUCGGUGGCGCCGCUGCUGAAGGAGGCCGCUGGCAAGCGCGAGUCCGUCUGCGAGUUCGUCACCGCCUUCGCGCAGCCCGGCGCCGUCGGGCGCCUCGGCAUGCUGCGGGCCCUGAAGGAGGCUAUCGCCGAUACGCCCGUCUACGUCGCGUGCCUCUCGUACCUGGUGUGCCUGGAGGAGCAGGAGGAUCUCGCCGACGAGCACCUGAAUGGGCACUACAUGUACUACGCCAG